AUGAGCUCGCCGCCAAAUCACUCUCCGAACAGGUGGUUCAAAGCCCUGAGGAGGAACAGGCACGGGGAACUGUGUCUGAAAACUGUAGAGCUGCUGAACAGGUCCAGAGCUGCCUUCCAGGCAGGACGCACGGCACAGGACAGCUUCAGACUGGGUCAGCUGGAAGCCCUGGUCCGCAUGCUGGUGGAGCAUGAGUGUGACUUUGUGGAUGCUCUCGGGAGAGACAUUCAUAAGCCCCGUUUUGAGACCGUGACGUCUGAGCUUAUGAUGGUGAAGAACGAGGCUCUUUAUGCCAUUAGUCACCUUAAGAAGUGGAUGGAACCGCAGCAUUUGGAACGCAACCUAGCCACGGCACUGGAUAACUGUAUGAUACUGAGUGAGCCUCUAGGGGUUGUAUUGAUUAUUGGAUCAUGGACGUACCCUGUUCAACUCUGUCUGGUACCUCUAGUGGGCGCUAUCGCGGCAGGUAACUGUGUGAUUAUCAGUCCUUCAGAGACCUGUCCCCAUACCACAGAGCUUCUCCACAGGCUCAUACCGGCAUAUCUGGACAACGAGUGCUACCAUGUGGUCCUGACAGGGCCAAGCGAGGUGCCUGACAUUGUGGACCUCAAAUUUGACCAUGUUUUCUUUUCCGGCAGCAAAGAAGACGGGAUUAAAGUGGCACAGGCCGCUGCCCGGACCCUCGCCCGAGUAACGCUGGUCUUGAACAGUAAGAACCCCUGCUACGUGGACAAGCAAUGUGACAUUAACACCACGGCCCGUCGCAUCGCCUGGGCGCGCUUCCACAACGCCGGGCAGAGCCCGACGGCGCCCGAUUACGUUCUGUGUCACUCCGACGUCAAAGAAAGCCUCCUUCAGGCCCUGAAGUGCGUCCUACAUCAGUUCUUUGGGCCGGACCCACGAGAGUCCAGGAGCUUUGGGCGUCUGGUCAAAGAGGAGAGUUUCAGUCGGGCGAAGGACCUGCUCCUGAGGUCUGACAAAGUAGUUGUGGGGGGUCAAAUAAACGAAGCAGAGAAAUAUAUCGCGCCCACGAUUCUGAUGGACGUGGUAGAAUCGGAUCCAGUCAUGCAGCAGGAUGUGUUUGGCCCGAUUCUGCCCAUCCUAACCGUUAAAGACGUCGAGGAGGCUAUAGCCUUUAUCAAUGCCAGAGAAAAGCCCCUCUGUGUGUAUGCAUACUCCAGAAACAGCAAGGUCGUCUCCAAGGUGAUGAAUGAGACUUCCAGUGGAAGCUUCUGCUCUAAUGACAGUGUCUUGCAGAGCCUGAUGGCAGGGUUGCCCUUUGGAGGUGUAGGCUCCAGUGGAAUGGGUUCCUAUCACGGCCGCUACAGCUUCGACAAUUUCUCCCACAAGAAGUCGUGUCUGCUUCGAAGCACACGCAUCGAGUUCAUGACCUACCUGCGCUAUCCGCCCUACGAGGAACGUAACAUGAAUCUGAUGACGCUGGCCAGCUCGCUGACCCAGAGGAGCCACGGCUGGUGUACAAUCAUGUGA